UACCGCGGACAGACUGGUCCCGACGUUCAGUUGCUAAACGGCGAUCGAGCGCGUUGGAAUGCGCAGCUAAUUGUUGUAGUCCGUCUGAAGCGUGUUUAUUUGUGCAAUUAUUUUUUUUAUCAUUCCUUACCCAUCCUAGAGCGACCGGAGUACGCUAGAACGGAACGUCAUUUUACGAAGAAAGUGACGCACGCGAACGUUUCCACGACAAGAUAGCUAAUCAAGAAAGUGCAGAACAGAACGCAGCAAGUGCAAAAAAAAACCCGUGACAAAACAGUAGUGCGCAAAGUUCUUAGUAUUGGAUUGUACUUUUUUAUUUUGCUUUAUGCAUUUUGCUCUUGCAACUGAGCUAAUGUGUCCAAUCGGUUGCUGAAGCUUGCUGUGUAGAGAGCAGCAUUAUCUGACGAAACCAAUUAGCUCGGUGCAUGCUGCCGCGUCAUGACGGCGGAAACGUUGAAACCAUUUCUCAAUCUACCGAACGCGACGGCCGGCGAUCUGAAGGCGCACUGUGCGCAAAAGUCCGCCGUCAAGCGCGGCCUGCUUGCGCUCGGAUGCAUUCUGGCGGCGACCCUUUGCUGUGCGCUCAUCGGUGUGCAGAUCUGGCACUUGAACAAGACGGCCGCACUGCAGCGGGAAGUCGAUGACCUGAAGCAGCAACUGUACCUACGGGCUCGCGAAUUCAACGAAUACGAGUUUGACAACGAGCUGUUCGACGGGCAUGAUGAGUACGUGUACGAACCGGACCUGGAUCCGGAUAUGGUCGAGGAUGGCCACCGGCGUGAAACGGAAAUGAACGAGAGUGGUUUGUCCAGCAGCGGCAUGCACGAAGAGGACGAAGACAUCGAGGGCAGCGAGGAAGUGGGCGAGGAGGAGGAGCAGGAGGAACGGAAAAACCUUGGCCUCGAGGAGCUGAAGGAAACGAACGAGGACGUCCAAGACGGCGAAGAGGACGACGAUAUACUGAUUGACGACAGUGUCGACAUGAGCGUGUCGGCGUCCGCGGCCGGUGGUAAGCGCCGAGCACGGUCCAUUUCCGGUGUGACCCGGCAGGGUGUACCGAUUGUCGACGAACCGUACGUACCGCGCCGGAACCGCACUCGGCAUCCGCACCGGAUCUUUGAGCAGUUGCGCCAGCGGCCGGAAGAGCUGGUAACACCACCGACGUCGGGCGAGAUGUUCCGCUGGGAUGUGGAAAAUCGCAAAACACACACCGCCUCCCACAGCCAGCAGUCGUACGGAUCGAUCAGCAUAAGACCGUACCAGCACGAGAUGCAUCAACUUCGGGAACAUCACAGCACCACCACGCCGAUGCCCGUGUCGUACGGUUCACAUUCCGGUAUAAGGCACCACUCGCGCAAUGAGCUGAACGCUGGAAAUCCGACUAAACCGCCGGCACAGAUACUGAACCGCAUGAGCCGCGUUCAGGCAACGGGCGAAAACAUGCGAAAGCAGCUCCAGCAGCAGCAGCAGCAUCAGCAGCAGCGAUUCCCCAAGGUGGUGGGAAAUCCUGGAACGCAGAAGGAGAUCGUAAUGGCACCAGAGUCACGUGUUCGGUUGCGGCAACGCAAAGCCGGAGCCGUCCAGGGCGGAGCCGAGCCCGUUGCCAAGGGGCUGCAUCUGGUAAAGCAAUCGCCGAACGGUGUUUCCCACCGAAACGUGCGCCAUCGUGAUUGGACCGCGAAGGACAAUGUUAGCAAGCAGGCCCUCCUGUCCCAGACGACCUUUGCGUUCGACGGCGAGCAGCUUACCAUCAACGAGCCCGGCCUGUACUACCUUUACGCUCAGGUGACGUACGACAACGAGCACGGCAACAACGGCUACAAGGUGAUGGUCGGCGGCAAAAAGCAUCUCUCCUGCACCGUCCACGUUCAGGGACAGAACACGAACGCCUGCUUUACGGCGGGAUUGACGGAAAUUGAAACCGCCGGCACGACGGUCGCGAUCGAGGACUUUGACCACGGUCGGCACCACGUCAUGUACCCGGAGAAAACGUUCUUCGGCGUGUACAAGGUGGGCCGGCUGCCGCCACACACCGGCCCGAACGGGAGACUGCGCCAAGCCCGGAAGGUGCUGCCUUAAUGCGGCAGCGGAAACAGGGCGUGAAGGCGAUUGUGAAGCGAUUGUAAAUUUUAUGUACUGUAUUUCGGCAUGUGUACCUGUACGUGUGUGUGUAUGUGUGUGAGAGAGGGUGAAGUUAAAGAAAGAAAAAAGAAGAAGCAGUAGCAGCAAAUGGGUUAGGAAACAGGCCACACAUUGUAACACUUUAUUGCAAUCGCUACUAGGUGUGGUAGGCAACAGCGCAGUGUAGUCAGCAUGUGUAGCCUCUCUAUGUAUUUAUUGUCCUUCUCAUCCCGGUGUGUUUGCUGUUCGUUUUCCCCCCUUUUUAUAUUACUUCUAAAUACUAAAACUCUCUACCAGUAAGCAUUCUGUGCUGCAUUAUAAUACUGUACUGUAUCGCCUCGUGUUUGCAUAGCCCACAAUGUACUGCAUGUAGUCACAUUCGCCCUGUUGUUGGUUUGCACUCACCCGUCGGACAUGCAUAGCUCUCCAUCGCAGCCCGGGUUCAAUGCAGCCAAAGGAAAGCGAGUUUGUGUGUUAAUUUUACAGCACGUGCUUUCGUGCUGAGCAACGGAAUCGGCCCUGUUGGCACGGAUUGAUGCAGCACAAGUAACGAGGCGUGUGCAAUUUGAUAGCAUAAGUGUAGGGAACCGAAUGAUCGAGGUUGAGAAAGAUAGAUAGAAAAAACGAGUAAAAGCACACAAAAAAUCUCCCUCUCUCUUUGUUGAGACAGAGUGUCAAAGCUAAAGAAAGAAAAGUGAAGAAAACCCGUUUCCCAAAUAAAGAUGUACCAUUUGCAGGAAGCAGAAA